AUGGCUUUAAAAGGAACUCACAUUGUUAUGAAGCGUUGUUUCGUAUUAGUAACUUUGCUUGGUAUCUGUUUUUCAUGGCAAUAUGAUGACGAUAUUAUGGUAAAAAUAAAUUCCGUUAAUGUGACAAAAGAUAAUCAAUUAGAUCGUGAGGACAAUAUGCUGUAUCUAAGUAGUGCUACAGAUAUACCUGAAAUGCUUAAUAAAACAGGAAGACAAUAUACCUCCGUAUCAACUGAAACAGAUAUAAAUUUGAAAUUAAUGCAAUUUUUCUUCAAUUGUGGUGAAUUACUGGUAUCUGUAUACAAUUAUUUUAAAGGGAAUGAAAUCCAUGCUGAUAAUCGCAAAGUUGUUCGACAGAGCUCUUUUCAUCAAAUUUCACGUAACGGUACAGAGUGGCAAUAUUUUUGGUCGUCUAGUUCCUUAUGCGAAUAUUAUAAUAGUGCCACCCUUGAUGAAAACGCAGAAACUAUUCUCAAUUAUUGCAUCAACGAUGAUAGAUAUAAUAUAACAUUGGCAAUGUGUGUUAUUGUGAAGCUUGCGAAAAACUGUUCCUUCCAAAUACGAAUGCAAAGAACAGCAAGCAAACCAUAUGAGAAUAUGUGGAAUAUGCCAUGUGGGAAAUAUCAACAACAUAUAAACUAUGUAGAUGGACUAUGCUACCAUGACUAUGAGAAGAUUCGCAAUAAUGAUGUUAACUUCCUACGGAAUUUAUAA